GGCACAGAUGGCUUCUCUGACUCAAAACUGCUCCACCUGCAGCCAGGUGUCGGCUCCAGAACUCAGCGCGGUCAAGGCUGUAGUUCUGGGCUCGGUGCUCGGCGUCUUCAUCGUGUUCGGAGUGGUCGGGAACAUCCUGGUCAUCCUCUCAGUAGUUUGCCACCGACACCUGCGGACAGUCACCCAUUAUUUCAUCGUUAAUCUAGCAGUGGCGGACCUGCUACUGAGCUCUACGGUACUACCCUUCUCUGCCAUAUUUGAGAUCCUGGACCGCUGGGUGUUUGGCCGGGUCUUUUGUAACGUGUGGGCGGCUUUAGACGUCCUCUGCUGCACGGCUUCAAUCAUGAGCCUGUGUGUGAUCUCUGUGGAUCGCUACAUUGGCGUCAGUUACCCGCUGCGUCAUCCAGCAAUAAUGACAAAGCGCAGGGCCCUGCUGGCUGUCACGCUGCUGUGGGCGCUGUCUGUCGUCAUAUCCAUCGGCCCGCUGUUCGGCUGGAAAGAGCCGGCACCGGACGACGAAUCCGUCUGCAAGAUCACCGAGGAGCCAGCCUACGCUAUCUUCUCGGCCGUGGGCUCCUUCUACCUGCCCCUGGCCAUCAUCCUGGCCAUGUACUGCAGGGUUUACGUGGUGGCUCGCAGAGAGAGCCGAGGCCUGAGGGAGGGUCACAAGACAGACAAGUCGGAUUCAGAGUUCGUGAUCCUCCGGAUCCAUCGAGGCAACACGACCGCGAGCGACGACGAGGCCCUUCGCAGUCGCACGCACUUUGCCGUGCGAUUGCUCAAGUUCUCUCGGGAGAAGAAGGCGGCCAAGACGUUGGGCAUUGUCGUGGGCUGCUUCGUACUCUGCUGGCUGCCUUUCUUCCUGGUCCUCCCCAUCAGCUCCAUGUUCCCCGCUUACAGACCGCCGGACACAGUCUUCAAGAUCACCUUCUGGCUGGGCUACUUCAACAGCUGCAUCAACCCCAUCAUCUACCCGUGCUCCAACCAGGAGUUCAAGAAGGCCUUCCAGAGUUUACUGGGAGCUCACUGUCUGAGGGCCACUUCGAAACCGCAUCAUCAUCAUCAUCAACAUCAACAUCAACAUCUGGCUGUGGGCCAGAGUCAGAUGCACGUCCACAACCAGCCCCUGACUCUGAACCUUGUCGGCGGGGGGGCAUCCUGUGGCCUCAGCCCCUCCUCUCCCGUUGAUCUGUCCAGGACUCCGUCUUCCCGGGAUAGCAGGGAGUGGAAGGUUUUCUCGGACGGUCCCGCCGGGGCAACCGGGCCAGCAGACAAAAGCAGAAAAGUGGCCCAACUCUGCAGUAAAAGCUUCCAGCGGACCUGCUGCUGCGUCCCCAUUGGUGGCAGCCCCCGGCAGGAGGCAAACUGCGCCCGUCCCCCUCUGGUCGCAAACCUUCCCACCAUUAAAAUCCACCAAUUGUCCUUGUCGGAUAAAGGGGAGCCUGUAUAACCUCUGUAUUCUCACAGGAGAGCAUAUUUAUUGACUUGAGCCAGCAGUCUAGCGUUUUUAAAGUUCCACUAUUUUGGAUCGAGAUCACUUGUGUCCAAAUGGUUUCCUCCGAGGGCCAUAUACAGGAAACUCUACGGUUAAAAAUGCUAAAACCAGACCAUUGAGAAAUGAUUUAUGAUACUUACUUAGAAAAACUACUACGUCACAGCAGUUUGCUGAAGGUGACAGGCAAAAAGUUUAGGAUUUUGGCCCUAUAUUGACGAGAGCCGCCCGAGCACUUAGCAGCAGCUGAAUCUCAUCUCCGCAUUCAGAACCAAAACAAGAGCGAAAGUGUACUAAGCCGAAAUUUUUGAAAGCAGUUACUUGAGGAUCAUUGUGAUAGUCUCCUAAAUAGGACCUUGGCAUGGAGCAGAAAGCGGACGGAAACAUUUUAGCUUCUCACACUGAAUUUUCUUUAUUCACCUGGUCAUUAUGAAGACAAAUUUGUUUCUAUUUCAGUUGUAAAUAGUUUAUUUGCAUCUUUGCAUAUUUAGAAAAGCUCAAUAUAAAAUCAAUGUAGCACCCACAUUUUUCUUCAAUAAUGUUGUGGGCUGUGUCAAUUGUUAUUUUUAGUCGGUAUAUUCCACAGGCUGCUAAAAAAUGGAAUUUUUUUUUUUAGCAGCCAUAAUUUGGACACCCUUGAUCUAACUCCUUAAAAUUUGACAGUCAUAAUGUAUAUGCCAUCCGUGGAUGAGGAUGGUCUUGCAGGAAGAAGCCAAGACGUGAAGCAGAUACAUUUUCUUUGGCUUAGUUUUGUGCAAACGUAUCGUUUACGUAUUAUACAAAUAUGCUACUGAAGAACAUUCAAAUGUAUUGUUUUGUUGCAUGAUAUAUAAAGCACGUCAGUGGUGCGUCAGCGAUCUCCAAAUCUUCCCCAAAGGAACCUUGCGUACGUCCAUGUCACGAGACAAUACAUUUGUAAUUCACCAGCAAGGGUUUCGUGGUGACAUUUGUGGACUUUGGUUGAUAAACAAAAGUAAAAAGUAUUAACCAUCCAAAACUUGAGGUCCAUUCAUCU